AUGCACGCUCAUGCAGCUGCUUUUCCCGCCUAUACUACCAAUGUAGCAGUUUCUGCGCCACACUUUCCAACACAGGCCGAGAUGGUCGACCGUGCGUGUGCCCAAGUUUUGUUGGGGCUCAGACAAACGCAGCAGGGGGUCGGGAAGGAGUGGAAGAACGUUCAGCCAUGCGUUAUGCUCGCCUCACAGUUAUUGCUACAACAAGCUCAGUUGCACGGAGAGCGGCUGUGUGCGCUGGAGAGCAAAAUGGAUGAGGUGCAGCGGGCUGUCGAGGUGCUUGUCAACGACAGCCAUUUGAAGGAGGAGCGGUACAACGCAGAGCGCACAGGCACUGGCGUUGCACUGGAGGGAGUGAGGCGCAAUAUGCAACAACUCAAGGAAGCUGUGGAAAUGCAGCGUUGUGACACACAAAAAUUUCACCAAGAGGUUCUCUUUCCUGGGAUGAAUGACUUACAGAGACAAAUCGACAAUGUGGUAGCAAGGUCGCUGGCCAGGAGUGUGUUAGGGGCUGCCCAGUCUUUAUCUCCUACUGCCUCACCGGGACCGGGGGACUCUAUACCAGCGGAAACAGAUAACUCUGUGAGAGAGAUGGUGCGUGAGGUCAAGUUACUGAGAAAUCAGUGGCUAAAGCUGCUGCAACGACCGUUGCCUCCUGUGCGUUCAACCAGUGGCUGCCACCGAUGUCGGCGAUCUGGAUCAGCAGCAGAAGCAACGACGGAUAGGCGUGGAAAGGGUCAGGCGUCUAAGCGUUUCCUCCUAGACUGCAGCGUCGCACGGUGGCGCUGGCGCGGGGCGAAUAUAUCAUCGUGUGGUUCUUCCCCUGACGGCCCCAUUCCAUGGGGUUCCCUCUGCGUAAGGCGGACUGCAACUGGGGAGUGGGUACGGUUGGCAGCUUCUCCAGACAGCCGUGCAGCGUUUGCUGAGUUAAGCGGGGGAAGGGCGGAGCUGCCGUUUGUGUGGCGGGCCGAAAGACACCCCGGCGUUAUUGAGUUGACGAGAAGUGGGAUUUGUCGCAUAGUCGUGUGUAUGAUUGCUAGUAACGCUGCGGCGGCGUCGGGUCGUGGCUGUGGUCACCAUUCUGCUGCGACGGGGACGCCCUCUGCGGUGUUGCGCGUUAACAGCAGUUCCGUGGUUACCUUUUACUCUAGUGGAUCAACAUGCUACACACUGCGGCCGGUAAGGGGUGGCAGUCGCUCGCGGUUAUGCGGUGAGGGAAUCGCCUUUGCUACGUGGACCUUCUCAGACUACUUGCUGCUACCGGCUGGGGCAUCCGUUGCCGUGUGUACCCGCGGGUCGACAGGUGCUUGCAGUGUGCAUGAAGUACUGCUGGAACUGGAGUUCGUUAGCGACUGA